AUGUUAGAGUAUUAUGGAUUAUGUAAAUGUCAAACGACCAAGGAACAAUUCAAUCUCCAUGGAAGAAAUCAUAAACUUAAAGAUGAUAAUCAUGAUUUUAGAGGUUUUGAACAACCUCUAUUGAAACAUAAACGGGAUAAUACAUUACAACAAUAUGUGGAACGUUAUGUGAAACAGUGCAAUCCAAGUAUUACUUUAACGAAAAAAUAUUUCAAUAAUACACUUAGUGUAAAUAUUUCUGACAAUAAAGAUAUUAAAAGAGUAAGUGUGAACAAUCGAUCAGAUGAAGCCUAUAAAGAUGAAUCAAAUACGAAUUCUUAUACUGUAACAACUGAAGUUCCUCCAGAAACUACUUCUUAUAUGCUUGAUCAUGGACGAUGUGAAUGUAUUUGUUAG